CGCACGACGCAAAAUCAGAGUUUCUGAUUCCGAUUCUAUCCUUCCAUUCGUUGCGUUUUGGCCGACGACUUUUGACCGGAAACCGCCGCAAGUGAGAGCUUUUGAACCGUUGGCAAUGGAUAAAGGAGCACCUCCUCCUACCAUCUUCGUGAAUGAUGGGUCCUUCAUGGAAAGAUUCAGACAGCUUCAACAGGAGAAGGAUGACGCCAAGGAUAAGGUUCCUCAUGUUGUAGAGGAGUCCAAGCCUGUGAAGAUUAUAUCUGGGAUUUCUAAUCCUAGGCCUUCUUCUGCUACUAAAGUUUCCAUUGGGUUUAAGACCAAUGAUGCCCAGAAGAAAGGUGGUAAGCUUGCCUUCAGCUUGAAGCAAAAGUCUAAGCUUCUUGCACCUCCUGUAAAGCUUGGUGAAGAAGAGGACGAGGAUGAAGGGGAUGUGAAAAUUGAUCAUGGAUCUGCUAAGCGUCCGAAGCUAGAGCAGGGAAGAGACACACCCGCCAAGUCAGCCAAAGUGUCAGAUGUUGCACCUCCUCCUGCGCCCAGUGAUCCUACUGUGAAGAAUGCUGCUGAUAAACUAGCAAGCUUUGUUGCCAAGAAUGGAAGGGCAUUCGAGGAUGUCACACGCCAAAAGAAUCCUGGGGAUACACUAUUUAAAUUCCUUUUUGAUGAGAGCUGUGCGGAUUACAAGUACUAUGCAUUCAGGCUGUCUGAAGAGGAAAAAUCUAUUUCACAAGCCAAGGAAUCUGGUGGACUUCAUAGUGGUGAUGCAGGCCCUCGGAUGUCCACAACACCAAUCACUUCUCAAAAGCCAGCUCAGCAACAAAGAGGCUAUCAGAUCCCUGCUUCGGCUCUCUAUGAUGCUUCUGUAGAAUCCGGAGCUUCCUCUAGAUCUGCUCAGGCAUCAGUUACAAGACCUAACAACAGCGACUCUUUUAGUGCGCCGAGGGCUGCAGACCCUAUUUCAAUGAUGGAGUUUUACAUGAAGAAGGCUGCCCAAGAAGAGAAGAUGAGACGUCCUAGGCAAUCAAAAGAUGAAAUGCCCCCGCCAGCUUCUCUUCAAGGCUCAUCUGCAAUUCCCUCCACGGACUCCGGAAAGAGAGGUCAUCACAUGGGUGAUUAUAUCCCACCGGAAGAGCUAGAUAAGUUCCUUGCAAAGUGUGACGAUGUAGCUGCACUGAAAGCCACAAAGGAGGCAGCUGAGAAGGCUAAGAUCCAAGCAGAUAAUGUCGGACAUAAGCUCUUGUCAAAAAUGGGUUGGAAAGAAGGUGAAGGUAUAGGAAGCUCUAGAAAGGGUAUGGCAGACCCGAUAAUGGCAGGCGAUGUAAAGACUAACAACUUGGGAGUUGGGGCUUCUGCUCCAGGAGAAGUUAACCCUGAGGAUGAUAUAUACGAGCAGUACAAGAAGCGAAUGAUGCUGGGUUACAAACACAGACCCAACCCACUGGGAAAUCCGAGGAAAGCUUAUUAUUAAGAACCAUUCAAUAUGCUGGCAGACAAUCAUGAGCUAUCUCUCACCCCACCAAGCCUCGGCUGAUCUUUGCUUUUCUAUUAAAAUAUAAUGUUCCAAGUUCUUAUAUUACUCUGAUAAAUUGAAGUGUUUGUUUGGAUUGGAUUUGUUUGCAAAAAGAUCUUUAUCUGUUGGGAUUGGAGUUGACUGAGAUCUCUAUUCUUAUAUCUUUAUUAAUGUUUUUAAA